CCGAUUAAAAGAGUACCUUUAGGGCUAGCUAGCUAGGGCAAUUUGGAUUGAGCGCCAUGGAAGACAAGCAGCUGUUGCUGGCGCAGUUCAUGGAGGUGGUAGGCGAGCCUGCCGAUCGCUGCCACCAGUUCCUCGAGGCGACGAACUGGCAGCUCGAGGAAGCGAUUCAGCUCUUUUUCGCUGGCGGAGGUGUCGAGAUUGGAGCUCCGCCUUUAGCAGCGGAGCCCCCGCCAAUGAGCAAGCCUGUCCAUGCGGAGCCACCUCCAGUAGUGCUCCCUUCUCCAAGUGGGGGAGAUGACUACGUUCGUCCACCACUGCCUGUGAAACGCGAGGCCUUGUACGAGGAUAUCUUCCAAUACAGAGCACAAAGAAGGGCGCAAGCAGGUCCCGUCCAGCCGACUCCUGUGGAUGCUUUCCGGAACUUCGAGGACGAGUUUAACUCCAGAAUCGCCAAGCCCUCCCCUGGGAGCUCUCCCGUGGGUGCCAAAGCUCCAACGCUUGCGUCCCUGUACCGUCCGCCACUGGAGCUCAACUUCGAGGGAAGCUUCGAACAGGCGAAAGCAGAAGCAGCCAAGCAAGGAAAAUGGUUGCUCAUCAACUUGCAAUCCCAUACAGAGUUUGCGAGUCAUAUGCUGAACAGAGACACCUGGGCACACGAGGCCGUCAAGGACACGGUGAGGAUAACCUUCGUCUUCUGGCAGAUCUACGAUGACACCGAGGAAGGAAAGAAGGUGUGCACGUACUACCGCUUGAAUACCAUGCCUACCAUUCUGGUGCUGGAUCCUUUAACUGGCCAGAAGAUGAGAUCCUGGGAGGGUAUGGUAGGCGCGGAGAGACUGCUCGAGGAUCUUGUCCAAUUCAUGGAUAGAGGUCCCAUGGAGAACCACACUCAAAAGCGACCACGAGAUGUGGAACAACAGCAACAGCAACAGCAACAGCAGCAGCAGCAGCAGCAACCACAACAGCAGCUGGAUCAAGGCCCGGCUGAUACCGACGAAGACAAGGAACUCCAGCGGGCCUUGGCAGCUUCGUUGGAGAGCCAAACCGAGCCUUCUUCGGCGGCGGAGCAUGUCAAGGCCCGCGGCAGCAAGCAUCCAGCGCUGCCGGACGAGCCCAAGCCCGAAGAGCCAGAAACUUGCCGCGUUGGAGUGCGUUUUCCCGAUGGCAAGAGGGGCCAGCGGAGGUACUUUCGAUCCGAUCCACUAACUUACCUCUGGUCGUAUUGCUGCUUGAACGUGGAGGAGGCCGCCAGCGGCAGAAAGUUUCGCCUCACGCUCACCAUUCCUGGUGGGAGGUCUCUCGAGUACGAUCCCAGCAUCACCAUCGAUGAAGCAGGUGUUGCCAACGCCAUACUGAACAUGGCAUGGGAUUGAUCGCUAGUUUUCUUUUCUCCUUCGCCUGUAUCUGGCAAUCAUCUCAACGCGUAGUCAGUCGUAAGAACUCUUUCAAUCAAAACAUGAUUUUUAAGGC